AUGGGGAAUGUUAUGCCAUGGGGCCUGAAGGCGGAACGAAAACGGGCGAUCGAACGGGCACAGCAGAAGCGCGAGGAGGGCUUCCGGCAAUGGAGAGAAUUGAUCGCCGAAGCCUCGCCGGAAAAGCAAGCCGAAUGGCGGCGGAUUGCGGCGUUGUCGUUUGAAGAAUUGACGAGUACCCUCCAAAAAGAAGAAAUCACGGCCGUCGAAGCGUUGUCCGCCUACAUCCAAAAAGCCAUUGAGGUGCAGGACGCGCUGAAUCCGAUCACCGAAAUCAUUAGGGAAGCCUUCGAGUACGCGGAGGAGAUGGACACGAAAUGGCGCGGGUCCAACGAGAAGCCGCCGUUCUACGGCGUCCCCUAUUCGGUCAAGAGCAAUUUCCACAUGGUCGGCUACGAUUGUCACAUCGGGCUGGGCAAACUGCUGGAACAGCCGAAGCAGCGCGAGAAUACGAUGGUGGCCCAUCUGCGACAUUUGGGAGCCGUUCCCUUUUGUUUGACCAACGUUCCGCAGGGUCUUCUCUCAUUCGCCUGCUCGAACUCGGUCUACGGCACCACCGGCAAUCCGCACGACCCGGCUAAGUCCCCCGGCGGCUCUUCGGGCGGUGAGGGAUGUCUCGUUGCAGCCAGGGGCACCCCCUUCGGCACGGGCUCCGAUGUGGCGGGCAGUCUCCGGAUUCCGGCCGCCUACACGGGAUGCGUGGCCCUGAAAUGUGGCCAAGAGCGCAUGACGGUCCUCCACUCGCACGGCGGUGUCCCCGGCAGAGGGCGGCUUGGCCUCGGAUUCGGCUAUUUUACGAAUAGCGUCAAGGACCAGAUCACACUGCUUGAGCACACCCUCGGCCACGACAACUUCAUCAAGUUAUCCCCGAAGACGCCGAAGGUCCCGCUCGACAAGACGAUCAUCAACUCGACGACCCCGCUGCGUAUCGGCUACUUCGAAUGGGACGGCUUCUGCCCGGUGGCCCCGGCCAUGCGACGGGCCGUCGUCGAGACUGUCGAAAAGCUGCGCGGCCACGGCCAUGAGAUGAUCCGCUUCACGGUGCCGCAACCCGAGCUGAUGGCCCGGCUCGUCUUCAAGAAUUUGCUGCCCGACGCCGGCCACUACACACGACGCCUCUAUGAGGCCGACGUCGUCGACCCGUACAUGACCGAGUUUGUGCGACUGCUGUCGUUGCCCUCCUUCGUGCGCACGCUGCUGAAAUACGCUUUCAUGUUCAACUCGCCGCAAGCUUCGCUGGUCUGUGCCUCGGAAGUGGAGGGGCUGAACGAUUUGCGCCAGGCUCAGGCGGAAACGGACGAUUAUAAUCAGCUGUUCACCGAAUAUUGGCAAGAAUUGGGCAUCGACGCGCUCGUCUGCCCGGCUUUUCCCAGCCCCGCCGUGAAGCAUCACUGGCCGUCGAAGCUCGGCUUCUUCGCGACGAUCACCACCCUUUUCAACAUGGUCGACUACCCGGCUGGAGUUGUGCCGGUUGGGCGGGCGACGAAGGCUGAUGACGAGGAGAUUCAGGAUGAGACGCGAUUCCCAGUCGGCUGGAACACAGCUCUCCGCUACCUGCGCGACUCGUCGAAGAAUUCGGCCGGGCUGCCGAUUGCCGUGCAAGUGGUGGCGCUGCCGUACAAGGAGGAGAUGUGUCUGCGCGUUAUGCAAGACAUCGAGCGCCUCGUCAAUUACAGC